GGCAGGUUGUGGCGGGAAUCCAGCCGCUGUCCAACAAGCUAACUAGCCGAUUAACUUCUUCAGAACAUCCAGGAGGAAUGGCUACAGCCAGGAAACAGAAGAAGAAGAAACUUCUGGAGGAAAAAUCUAAAAAAGAUGUUUAUGAUUUUACUGAAGAGGAUGUAAAGAAGGACCUGAGUGGCUCCAAGGACGAGGCCAGAGAAGAUGAAACUCCAAUAGUAGAAAAACUGGUGAAGAAUAGAUCUGCAGCUGACUUUGAACAGGAGGAAGCAACCUGUGCUGUCGGAAAUGAGGUGCAGUCAAUGUUGGAGAAAUUUGGAGCUGACAUCAGUAAGGUGCUGCAGGUGAAGAGGAAACGUCUGGAGUGUCUGACGAAGAACUACAUGAAGGGAAGUCAGCACAAACUGGAACAGCGAUGGAACACACAUCACAGCCAGAGACAGAAGAUGACUCAGCAGUACUCUGAGCAGAUGUCGGCAGCCCUGCAGCAGUGGGAAACCGAAGCCGUACGAGCUAAAGAGCAGGAGGAGAAGCUCAAUAAUCUGUUCCGGCAGCAUCAGAAAAUCCUGCAGCAGGCAAGAGUCACUCAGAAACAGAAGCUGAAAACCAUCAAAGAGCUGUACGAGCAGCUUGUAAAGAACAUGGAGGAGAUGGAGAAGAGUCAGGAGGCCUUCCUGCAGGGGGCGCAACAGCAGCUGAAGAAGGAGAUGGCCACCCUGCAGAAGAAGAUCCUCAUGGACACGCAACAGCAGGAGAUGGCCACCGUCCGCAAGUCUCUUCACUCCAUGCUGUUCUAGCCUGCUGUUACCGUGGCGAUGGUUCCUGUGUUAAGGAUGCAGUUCUAGGUUGGUGUUACCGUGGUUACUGUGGCUGUGUAGCUGCAGGGUUGUCAUGGUUACGCACUGUUGGCUUCAUUUCCAGAUGUCCUGUUUGCGCUGAGCCUUUGUUCCAGUCAGAGUUGGAGAUUUGAGAAACUUUUUAAUUGUUGUUAUUUAACUGUUUUUAUAGACGCUUUGUGUGGAUUGUAAUUUAUUCGGCAGACGACUCAAAAUUCACACUGGGAAAAAAAAGCCUACAUCUGGAAAAUUCUAUCGAACUUCUGUAAGAGUAAAAAAUAAGUUGUUUGUGCGACGGAGUUGGGUGCAAAGUCAUUUUAAAGUGUCCCGGAGUAAAAAUCAUCA